AUGACAGCCAACGAGUCAAGACAUUACGGUGAAUGGGCUCUUUCAAGCUGGUACGAUAUUUUGCCCGGACCCGAUCGCCUCCUCGAAGUCUCAACGUCGUUAAACGAAUACGAUGCGUGGCAUUCGGUGCAAAACUGGUGCAUGAAGCUUCUCUCGCCCGGAAUAGACACGGAAAAACUGCAGGCAAUUGCGGACUCGCUGAUCUACAAUCACUGGAAUCAAGCAAAGAGAAUGGGUUGCAUCGGAGUCCAGUUUACUUACAUAAAUGGAUUUUAUCACAGGUUUGUCUGGAGGGCUUCGUGACAUGUUGUCUUCGACGCGAUUCGAGUUCACCGAACCAUGCGUGGCAAGGCAGUAUCCUAAUUUUUUUUUUCUGUUGCCAGUUGUGUAUGCAAGUAUUGCAGGUGUCUCCUUAUAAAACCUGAUGAAAUGCUAUUAUUUUAAAUGAAAAUUAUCUUCCACACAAAUUUUAAGGCAAGUUAAAAACCAACGAAUGUUAUCAUUAAACCUUUGCGUGUUUUUCGCCAUAAUAUGUAAUUUAGAAAUUUAAAGCACAACAAAAGUGUAUUGUUGAUAUGCUUCGUGACCUCCAGUGCUUUACUAAUAAACAUUCGAUUUCCAUUUCCCUUGCAAGAUCGUGUCUUAAAAUUCUAGACUAGACGAGAAAUUAUUAUUAUUACUAUUAGAACUUAAACCUCUUUUUCAAGCCUUUACAGAGAUGUUCCUAUACUAUCUCCAGAAUGUGACCAACAAAAAUGACCUCAAGGAUAAAAAACUGUUCUCUAAUAGAAACAAUUUAGUGCGAUUUCAAUAUAAAUAAUACAAGUGUACAUACAAGACUUUCAAUGUUACUGAAAAAAUUAUUUGUAAAUUGGAAAUUACGUUAGUGGAAAACAAUUUCACCAUCAAAGGGGAAAAUAAUAUUAUCGUUAUUAAAAAUCUUAACGUAUAAUAAAGCAAUAUUUACAAGGUUCUUGUUAUUUUUUGGUGUAUAUCGAAAUAUCUAUCACUGGUCAUCAAAUUGACUUAUGGUUGAAUGGACACAGUAGGUAAAAAAUUCUCUCAAAUGAAUUCUAUUUUUUAGCACAAUAUAAUUUGCCAUCUUUUUUCUAUGUCAACCCAGUGUAUGUGAAAAUGCCAGGAGUUCCUGCAGGAGCCCAUCAUUAUUGAUGGGGGCGCCUGAAAAUGCCCAAUAUGGGUGAAUAUGCAUUCCUUUUUAGAGCCCCAUUCAUACCAUCAAAAAUUCUACUACAUCAUUUAAAACUUGGCAAAGGUUAUCCACCACUCCAAAAUGAGAACGUUUAUAAAUGCAAAAUGUAAAUACGAAACAAGAGGGAGUUCUAUACACUACCCUGCGAGUAGAGGCCCUCCGAUCUUCCUAGAUAAGUCCCUUCCUCUUCACGACUUAUCUAGGAAGAUCGAAGGGCCUCUGCUCGGAGGGUAUCUAUACACUGACUGAUUUAAGUUUAGUGAGAGUGAGGUAUCUUCGUCAAAAUGGCACAGUUUAGUCCAGAUAUUAUUUAAAGACAUUUCAAAAACGGUAAUGACACAGGUCAUGUAAGAGUCCUUAAUUGUUUUUUGUCGGUAGCUCGUGAUAGUCAUCAUUAUCAUCAUCUGACUAACAAGCUGAGGCCUACGAACUCGGGACCCCUCGUCCAGAAGGCCGUAAAGUAACCAAUUGUCCCGAUCCUUACAAGGCUGUUGACGGAUUUUGGAGACUGCGAGCCUGCGCAGUAAGGCGCCGGUGUUUUUAGAGCCAAGGGAGAAAUUUCGAGGACGCGCGCGCACGAGGCCGAGGGGAAAAAAGGAGAGGAGGUCUCCUCUCCCCUUCGCGUGUUCUCCUCGCGUGCUUUACAAAAGCUAACCAAACAAAGGCUAGUGAUGAUAAUUAACAACAAUAUCACUGUUUUAUCGCUUUCAACUCGGGGAAAGGGGAGGGGAAGGGACCCUCCUGGCUAAUCAAGUUAUUAUGCAAAGAAUGGGAUAGUUAUUGAAUACACUCCUCCCUUUACUCUAUUUGAUUACUGUCAUGGGCCACUCAGUUUCCCGGUCUUCAACAGAAACCUAAAAGGAAUGUAACUCACAAAAGGUCCAGAUCUUACAGAAGUCGUUUGAAUUUGAUUUUAUUAAGUGAAUGCAUACAUGCUUUUGGAAGCAUUGGAAAUAAUUAUAGUACAUUCCAGCUAGUGGUCUAUUAUCAAUGCUGCGUUCUGAUUGGUUGAGCUACUACUAGGCUAUAUGUUAUAGCCCACUAGUAGCGAAAAGCGCCGGCUUUGAAAACCAAAACAAUGGCGGCUGAAUCGCGUUUUGCUAGCUAAAGUUGUUUUGCCGCGAUAUUUUUGACCAACUAGUUGGAUUUUACUAAAACAAUUAUUCCUCUCGCCCUCAUGGCCUCUGAGUCGGGCAUGGACAGGACAGGACAGGGUUGUGUAUCACUCAUUUUGCUUGUUAACACAUUAAAGCACCUGUCUGCGUCAAAAGGCCAAUCAAAAUGCGUGUGUAAUCAAUUCCGCAUGCAUAAUUAUUCCUUCAUUCCUUAAUUAUUCCUCUCGCCCUUAUGGCCUCUGAGUCAAUAGCCCAUUCGUCCUUCGGCCUCAUGGGCUAUUGAUUCAGAGCACAUUCGGACUCGAGGAAUAAUUAUUGUAUUAUCUUGUGGUUUACUGUGAGGAUGACGAUGACGGUGGUGAUGACGAUUGUGAUGACGAUGACGAUGACGAUGGCCAUGAAGAUGACGAUGAAGGCGAUAGCACU